AUGAACUACACCCAAGACACUCUAGAGUCUCCUCCCCUCGAACGCACUCGAUCUUUUGAUGAGGAGCCAAAACAGCCAACCAACAUCCCCAACGGCAUUGAGCAUGCGUUACAGAACCUCGAUACUGCAACAGCAACGAAAAUAACGAAAGCGACAGCGAAUUCGGCGAGAAACGGAUUGACCAAAGAUGAUGUGAAAUACCUCUUUUCCGGAGCGCCGCAUUUCAUGCUCGAAAAGGGGAGACACAACCAUUGGUAUCCACAUGUCUUGUUCCCCUGGGACACGAGUUUACCGAUUCAGGAUCUGUGGGAUAGAGAGCAAUUGCGCCAUGAAUCGUUUACGUUGUCGACGCUCCAUGCGCAUCUCCCCAUACCAUCGAAAUGCGACAAUAAGGACAACAACAGACAAGGAUGGCAAUACGAAGAAGGCGUCAAACGAUCAACGUACGAUCUCGGAAUUUUCGAGGUCCCCAACAUGCUCUCCGUAAACGGCAAGGAACCCGGCGCAAUCGGAUUCCGACAUUUUCUGGAGUUGGCGACUGCUGAUGCGGUGCGAUACAAAAGGGCGCUUCCGACGAGAGGUUCAGGGGACGCCCUGGACCCGCACCUGUUGUCGAGUUUGCCGUUGACAGAGGCGUUUGAUACCUUGAGUCAUUUGAGAGAUUCGUAUUCGCUAUGCAAUCAUGAGUCAAUCGUUUUGGAUCGACACAAACUGCUAUGCGAGGGUCCGGUGGCUUGGAAACGGAUCGGCGUGCGCGAUAUUCCUAUUAGGGAUCUUGUGGAGAGGUUGCAGCAUCUUUCCAAUUUUCGACUGGAGGCGAUCAAGCAACUACCUACGGACGAGUCGGGCCAUAGGAAGAUCAUCACAAUUCUAGACAAAGAAACGCCGGAGUCACUACACAAAAAUCUGUAUACGAAACUCUUGUUCCCGCCUCCACAUGGCUGGAGUCAGCAUCAACAUGAAGAGCUCAAAGGGCAGAUUGAAGUACUCACGCGGGUUCUAGCGGUCAAGGGUGCUUGGGUCGAUAUGAGUCUUCCCGAGUGGCGACUGCGUGUUGGACAGAUACUUUGGGAGAGACCACCGCAUGCAGAUGGAGAUUGCAUGGAUUGCGUGAAAGAGGAAAACGGAAAGCCUGAAGAGAACAAAAAAGGCCAAUCAUCUUUAAGCCUCAAUACUGGUAUCGAGAGGAAAUGGCUAUUGAUACAACUUCUCUUGGCUGGAGAGCUGCUCAUGCGUCUGGAUGCUAUCGUGCAAUUAGCUGUCUUGCAGCACUCCAAAACUAUAUCCGUCACAGCUCAGGAUAUGCGCGAAUUCGACAAGUUGCGGCAUGGAAAAGUUAAUUGGGAUAUUCUUUUCUUCCAGCGCGCAUCUGAUAAUCUGAUCUUCAAGUUUAUACCCCCAGGGACACCACCGGCUACUACAUCUGAACAGCCCCAAUCAAAAAACGAUAUGCCUCCGCAGACCCAAACAAAACAACACGGCGGCUUUCGGUCAAGAUUUGGCAGCAUCUCGAAGCAUUUUCCUUUGCGCCAUUCCAGCUCUACCGGACAAGAGAACAUAUCCUAUCAGCAGUCUUCAUGUGAAUCUAUUUGGGAUACUGUCGUGGUUAUCCCACGGCAUCCAGAGCGGCAGCUCAAAGGCCUUUCCGUAUUUGCGGAAAAGAUUGGCUGGCCUGGCCAUGAGACACAUGAAGCAAGAAUUCAAUCAAACUUACUUCUGACUUCAGACUCCGUUGAAUCGGUGUAUAGGAUACCAGUCAAAAACCAAUCAAUAUCAAGAGAGUUGCCAAAAAAGGAGGCAUAUUGCAGAAGCCAAUCUCAUCGUUAUGUGAGCCUUCACAAAUCUGACCGCGCGGCCGAUAAUGCGACCUCCCGCACAGGAGGAUGGCUUUCUCGUUCAUGGCUGGCAGGCCUCAUAAUGCCUGGCGAAAGCAUCCACCAAAUACUUAUGGCCACAGUCCUUGAGAAUGACCCUACAGUCCUACAUAAUCUAGGCUCCGUCGCCAAUCUAUACGGAGGGCUCAGCUAUGGCGAUGAAUACACAUGGUGGAGCACCAAGUGUAUCGUCGGUAGAGUUCUCGCUGCUUUACCCGAGUCAAAGGUAUGCAUGGGAUGGGCGAGGGUACGCACAAUCCCAGAGACCGAGAACGACAAAGAAUUUGCCGAACUCAACAAUACGUGGAUUUCAGUGGAAAGUGUUCAAGAACCACUGCAAGGGAAUGCACGGAUUCGACAAGGGAUAAAGAUGGCGCUCGAAUCUAAUCCGCUCGGAAAGGGGCGAGUGGCUAGUGAUACAUUCACCAUCCCGGUUGACGAAGGCGGCGAUGAAAAGAUCUCACAAUUCGAUGUCAAGUUUGAUAAACUCAUACUCUCACGGCAGGCAACGCCGGUUGAGUGCUGUGGGUCAGAAGCCAUCAAAAGCAUCUUCACUGCAGAUCGAGCAUCGGUGUUGUUUCAAGUCAUCUCACCUGAGUCAUCUACAGUUGCCUUUCACUUGAAGCAUAACGUCGCUUUCAUCUCGUCGUAUACGUGUCAACCCCCGCGCGGAUCAGUUGCCCAUCAUACGCCGCAGCAUGACAGUCCUGAGACACACGAAGACGAUGGGCAGUUUCAACACACGCAUCUACCAGGCCAUCCACUACACAAAUCAUACAAAUACAAAUACGUCCCUCUCCAAGAUCUGCGUUCGGACACGCGACCGCCAAUCAUCGUCUUUCCGUCGACUAAGGAAUCUUCUUCGUCAUCUAGUGAUGCUCAUCUCGCCACCGCCCACAAUGAUGAGCUGAUACAUGACCACGCCCAUAAACAAGACGAGAAAGACACAGUGGAAGAAACCCUUGAACCAGUCUGGAUCCUAGAUGCGCGCUCCUCGACACGCGACAAGGAAGUGUUUGCGCGUGCUUGGUGUGCAGCUGUUGGCGUUAAUGCACUCAUUGGCCGGAACCCUCAAAUCCCUCAACACGUCUCCGCAUUACUUUCACAUCUCACAUCCCGACCAGGCGUCCAAUCAACUUUGAUAUUAUCUCGCAAAGAUGGUUCCAUCAUUCAAAGUACCGGUCUCUUAGCCGCAACCUCACCCUCAUCGCUCGGAACGAGCAACACGACCAACACGGACAUCAACAAUGCAGACAACUCAAUCCCGUCCAGAGGCACCAUUACGAGCUCCUCCACAACAUCGACAGAUCUUGCAUCACCGACGCUACCGCCGCCAGAGUCUACUGUGUCAAGUCAGCAACCCUCUACAAACCCAAAUCAGAACAACCAGCAAUCGUACAAGCCCAGUCAAGCGGAGACUCUGGCUGCACACAUAUUCGCUUUUAUGACUAGUGCCUCUGGCCUUGCGUUGUCUCUUUCAGGAGGUUCUGGAUCAACGGGCAAUGACGAUAUUGGGUAUGACUCGCGAUCGAAAGGGAUCAACGGCACGUUAGACAACGGCACCACUCCCGACGGUACCACCGCUACAGACCGAACACAUGAACGCGAGGAGGACGAUGAGAUUAAGCUUUUAAGACUGCGCACGAAAAAGAAUGAGAUUGUCGUCGUGCCUGACCGGAAAUAUUUGUUAUGCGUGGUGCAUGAUGCUUCUGGGGCUGGUGCUACGUCUACUUCUGGCGGUGGAAGUCAGGUGCUCGAUACGGUUAUCGAAUCUAUCUGCAACUACCUGUCAAAGACCAAUGUUCAACUUACAGCUACAUAUCCAGUUUCACAGACAUCUACCCAGUUGUAUAACGCUGGAUACGCGGCAGCUGCAAAAUUCAUCAAUGCCAGUGUAGACGAAAUAUCAAUAGGAAUAUCAUCUACUCAACUCCUUCAUAAUCUCUCAACGGCCUUUGACUUCCAGUCCGGAGACGAAAUCAUCAUCUCGAAUCUCAACCAUGAGGCCAACAGCGCUGCCUGGGCACGCAUUGCGCAACGUUUGAAUCUAACGCUUAAAGUCUGGAGCGGCAAGGGCACAAACCCGGAUUGCGAUUUGGAUUCUCUGAGGCCCUUGUUGUCGGAUAAUACAAGGAUUGUGGCUUGCCCGCAUUCAUCGAAUAUCACGGGCACGAUAACUAGAGUGAAGGAAAUAGCGGAUUUAGUCCAUUCGUUUCCAAAGGCCUUACUAUGCGUCGACGGCGUUGCCCUAGCUCCUCAUCGACAGGUAGACGUGAAAGCCCUCGAUGUCGACUUUUAUGUCUUCUCAUGGUAUAAAGUCUACGGCCCCCACAUCGCGCAGUUAUAUGCCUCUUCACGAGUACACAACCAAAUAAACUCCUUAGCCCACUACUUCAAACCCACCCAACCACCCCAAAACCUCGACACAAAACUCAAUCUUGCCUCUGCAAGUUACGAUCUUCUUCCCUCGCUGCCAUUGAUCGUUUACGAUUAUUUCGGCACAGAUGAUCCUAAGAAGGUAGAAGCCGUUUGGUCUGCGAUUGCGGAUCAUGAAGAACGUCUGCAGGAGAUUCUGCUACAAUUUUUGCGUGGCAAGGCUAAAGAAGGGAUCGUCACUAUCUAUGGAGAGCCAAGUGCCAGUCAAGACUUGAGGGUGCCGGUGAUUAGCUUUACGGUGAAAGGAAUGUCAUCUCGAAGCGUUGUUGAGGAGGUGGAGAAGAUCUCUAAACUUGGGUUCCGGAAUGGCCAUAUGUAUUCCCACCGCUUGUUGAAGGAUGUAUUUGCUCUUGAGGACGUCGAUGAUGGAGUCGUACGUAUCAGUAUGCUGCAUUAUAACACAGAAGCAGAGAUGCAUGAGGUUGUCAAGGUAUUGGACCAGGUUAUACCGAAAGCAUAG